CCAACCGAUCAAUAACUAGUCGACUAUUAAUAGGUAGAAUUUACUAGGUAAAUGAUGACUGCAAGUUCUACUGCGACUGCUCGUACUUCUAGGGAACUCCCUGCCAAGGAAUCUGCUAUUUUCAAGACUGUUCUUAAAUUCUAUGAGAAUCGACAGUAUAAAAAGGGACUCAAGGCAGCAGAGACCAUUCUCAAAAAGUAUCCAAACCAUGGAGAAACUCUCGCCAUGAAGGGUUUGUUUUGCAGUAAUUUGAACCGCAAAGAUGAAGCUCACAGCUUCAUCAAAAAGGGGAUUGUCAGCGACAUGACCUCUCACGUUUGCUGGCAUGUAUAUGGUUUGUUCCAUCGAGCUGAACGCAAUUAUGAAGAAGCGCUUAAAUGCUACACGCAUGCCUUGAGAUUUGACAAGGAAAACCAACAAAUUAUGCGUGAUUAUUCUCUGCUUCAAAUCCAGAUGCGCAACUACGAAUCUUUCAAUGAUAUUCGCCAUAAAAUGUUGAAUUUAAGACCAAAUCAACGAGUCAACUGGAUCACUCUUGCAGUCUCAUAUCACUUGCUUAAAAAUUACGAGAUGGCUGAAAAAAUUAUGUCUUCGUAUGAAGAAAGCAUGAAUGAGGAGGCUCCCGGACCUCUGACCGAGUAUGAAAACUCUGAAAUGAUGUUGUAUCAUAAUUUGAUUAUUGAAGAAAGUGGCGAUUAUUCUCGCGCCUUGGCUCAUCUUGAUACUUUGCGAGGAAAGGUGAUGGCUGUGCGUGAAUGGCGUGAAGCAAAAGCACGUAUCUUGCUGAAAAACAAAAUGUCUGCAGAAGCUCAAGUGGAAUAUACUCGUCUUAUUAACGAAAACCCAGACUCGAUUGCUUAUCUUGAGGGGUAUCGUACGGCUCGAGGACUUGGUGGUCAUUUUACUGAUCGUGCAUCUAUUGAUCGUGUCCUACGUAUGUACCGAGAACUUGGCGAAAAGUAUCCUCGUUCUCAUGCCAUUCAGCGUCUUCCUCUCAACUUUGUUUCUGGCGACGAAUUCAAAACCAUGAUAACCUCUUACUUGGUUCCCCUGUUUCGCAAGGGUGUUCCUUCUCUUUUUGUCUCGCUUAAAGAUUUGAUGGCCGAUCCCGAAAAAGAAGAGAUUAUUGCAGAGGUUGUAGAAAAGUAUUAUGGCUCACUUAAAGCUAAUUGUACAUUUUCAUCCGGCGAUACUGAAAAGGAAUCUCCAACAGCGUUUCUUUGGGUGGUAUAUUUUUUGGCACAAUUCCAGGAUCGUAAAAGAAAUAUAAUGCGCGCAUUAGAGUUUAUUGAUGAAGCAAUUGCACAUUCUCCAACUGUUGUUGAGCUAUACAUGACCAAGGCUAGAAUUUUCAAGCAUGCAGGUGAUCCUGCUCAAGCCAUGAUGUUUAUGAACCAAGCACGUUUUUUAGACCUUCAAGAUCGUUGCAUCAAUUCCAAGUGCACAAAGUACAUGCUUGCCAACAACGCUCUCAAGGAGGCCGAGGAAACAAUUAGUCUUUUUACUCGCGCUGAAUCGGUAGAUCCUAUUCAUGAUCUUAUUGAUAUGCAAUGCAUAUGGUAUGCUCAGGCCAGUGGUGAGGCCAAUCUGCGUAUCGGUGCCUAUGGCCGAGCAUUGAAAAAUUUUCACCAGAUUGAAAAGCAUUUUGUCGAAAUCUAUGACGAUCAGUUUGAUUUUCAUGGAUAUGCAUUGAGAAAAACCACUGUCAGAGCGUAUCUUGACUUGCUAAGAGUAGAAGAUCGUAUCCGGUCUCAUCCGUACUUUUCCAAAGCAGCCAAGAGUGCUAUACGUGCUUAUAUUGAGCUGUUUGAUGGUCCCGCACCCAUCACCAUGACCAGAGAUGGUGUUGAUUUGUCUAAUAUGAACGAAUCUGAGCGCAAAAAGGCACUUCGCAAAGCUCGUAAAGCCGAACUUAAAAGCCAAGCAGACCAAAACACUUCUGUGACUACAGCCAGGACAAAUACAACUCACUCGAAAGACAAUGCCAAUGGCAACGCUAACAAUAAGAAAAAGUUGCCUGUAGAUCCUGAUCCUGAAGGCAAAAAACUAACUGACGACGUAGAUUUUAUGGCAGAAGCUACCAAGUUUUUAAAGCCACUGCAUGAACUGUUGCCUUUUGAUAUGGAUGGAUGGAAUUUGGGCUUUCAGGUCUACAUGCGCAAAGAAAAAUACCUGCGUGCCCUUGCAUGUCUUGUUCACGCACACAAGAUCGAUGCCUCUCACCCCAAUGUUCACCGCAACAUUAUAAUGCUUCAACGCGAGGUCAUUGCAGAAACUGCUCGUUCAGAAGACAAGAAAAUGGAUACACGUGUUUUAACUGUCAUCAAUCAGAGUCUUUCUACAUUGUUCGAGUCUGUCGAAUGCAAAGACAUUCCAGCCACUUUAGCCAAACUUGAGCUAUUUAACAAAUCCUUUUUGGAAUCGCACUCCAACUCUGUGCCGCAUAGACUUGCUGCUGCAGAGUGUGUUGUUUUACUUAAAAAUGACGCUACUUCUGAAGCUGCGACUAUUUUGAAAGGUGUUGGAUCUCAAUAUAUAGAUGGGUUUACUCUCGAGGUUGCGGUAAAUGUUGCCAACACACUAAAAUCUGUCAUGAAGGACAUGGAUGCUUUGGCUGCAUUCAAAAAGAUUGCUUUGAAGACUUUUCCUUUGGCCGUUUGUCUGAAAUGAAUUCACCACAGCUGUAUUGACGU